CUUGAAUUAAUGCACUGAUCAAAAUACUUUUAGCUGAUCGGCUGAGACACACUUUGCAUAUUUGAAUUACUCUUAUAUUAUAAUUUCAUUGUAAAUGCAUUUUCUUUGUGAAUUCCAGAUGACAUGAUAUAACGACAACCUAGCUAUCAAUAUGAUGAGGUACUCGACUGUCCUUCCUACAUGUAUUUUGGUAUUCCUUAUCGUCUUGUCUACUGCUGAGGACACAAGCGAUUUCCAGACUUGCACCUUGCAAGUUGAAAUGCGAGUGGAACUCAACGGGCUUCACACUCGUAUUGCGCAAGACCAAAAGGGAGUACUAGUUGAACACAAUUCUUCGUCUGGAGUGAACGGACCACCAGGACCACCCUGGAGUCUGGUCAAUGGACCACCCGGAAGACUAGCGAAUGGACCAACCGGGAGUCUAGUGAAUGGACCACCCGGAAAUCUAGUGGACGGACCACCAGGACCACCCGGAAGUCUAGUGAUUAGGCCACUCGGACCACUCGGACCACCCGGAAGUCUAGUGAAUGGGCCACCUGGACCACCUGGAAGUUUAGCAAAUGACCCACCCGGACCACCCGGAAGUUUAAUAAAUGGGCCACCCGGAAGUCUAAUGAAUGGAAACCCCGGACCACCCGGAAGUAUAAUGAAUGGGCCACCCGGACCACCCGGAAGUUUAGUAAAUGCGCCACCCGGACCACCCGGAAGUCUAGUGAAUGGAUCACCCGGACCACCUGGAAGUCUAAUGAAUGGGCAACCCGGACCACCUGGAAGUUCAGUAAAUGGGCCACCCGGACCACCUGGAAGUUCAGUAAAUGGGCCACCCGGAAGUCUAGUGGACGGACCAUCAGGACCACCCAGAAGUCUAAUGAAUGGGCCACCCGGACCACCUGGAAGUCUAAUGAAUGGGCCAUCUGGACCACCUGGAAGUUCAGUAAAUGGGCCACCCGGACCACCCGGAAGUCUAGUGGACGGACCACCAGGACCACCCGGAAGUCUAGUGAUUGGGCCAUCCGGAUGUCUAGUAAUUGGGCCAUCCGGAAGUCUAAUGAAUGGACCACCCGGACCACCUGGAAAUGGGCCACCCGGACCACCUGGAAGUUCAGUAAAUGGGCCACCCGGACCACCUGGAAGUUCAGUAAAUGGGCCACCCGGACCACCCGGAAGUCUAGUGGACGGACCAUCAGGACCACCCGGAAGUCUAAUGAAUGGGCCACCCGGACCACCUGGAAGUCUAAUGAAUGGGCCAUCUGGACCACCUGGAAGUUCAGUAAAUGGGCCACCCGGACCACCCAGAAGUCUAGUGGACGGACCACCCGGAAGUCUAGUGAUUGGGCCACCCGGACCACCCGGAAGUCUAAUGAAUGGACCACCCGGAAGUCUAAUAAAUGGACCACCUGGAAGUCUAAUGAAAGGGCCACCCGGACCACCUGGAAGUUCAGUAAAUGGGCCACCUGGACCACCUGGAAGUCUAGUGGACGGACCACCAGGACCAUCCGGAAGUCUAAUGAAUCGACCACCUGGAAGUUCAGUAAAUGGGCCACCAGGACCACCCGGAAGUCUAGUGAUUGGGCCACCUGGACAACCUGGACCACCCGGAAGUCUAGUGAACGCACCACCAGGACCACCCGGAAGUCUAGUGAACGGACCACCCGGAAGUCUAGUGAACGGACCACAAGGACCACCCGGAAGUCUAGUGAACGGACCACCAGGACCACCCGGAAGUCUAGUGAACGGACCACCAGGACCACCCGGAAGUCUAGUGAACGGACCACCCGGACCAUCCGGAAGUCUAAUGAAUGGACCACCCGGACCACCUGGAAGUCUAAUGAAUGGGCCACCCGGACCACCCGGAAGUUCCGUUAAUGGGCCACCCGGACCACCCGGACCAGCCGGACCACCUGGAAGUCUAGUAAACGGACCAACAGGACUACCCGGAUGUCUAGUGAUUGGACCACCCGGUCCAUCCGGAAGUCUAGUGAAUGGGCCCCCUGGACCACCUGGAAGUCUAGUGAACGGACCACCCGGACCAUCCCGAAGUCUAAAGAAUGGACCACCCGGACCAUCCGGAAGUCUAAAGAAUGGACCACCCGGACCACCUGGAAGUCAAAUGAAUGGGCCACCCGGACCAACUGGAAGUUCAGUAAAUGGGCGAACCGGACCAGCCGGACCACCCGGACCAGCCGGACCAGUCGGACCACCAGGAAGUUUAGUGAACGGACCACCAGGACCACCCGGUUGUCUAGUGAUUGGGCCACCUGGUCCAUCCCGAAGUCUAGUGAAUGGGCCCCCUGGACCACCCGGAAGUCUAGUGAACGGACCACCCGGACCACCCGAAAGUCUAAUGAUUGAGCCACCCGGACCACCCGGAAGUCUAGUGAAUGGAAAUCCCGGACCACCCGGAAGUUCAGUAAAUGGGCCACCCGGACCACCCGGAAGUCUAGUGGACGGACCACCAGGACCACCCGGAAGUCUAGUGAUUGGGUCACACGGACCACCCGGAAGUUUAGUGAACAGACCACCAGGACCACCCGGAUGUCUAGUGAACGGACCACCAGGACCACCCGGAUGUCUAGUGAACGGACCACCCGGACCUCCCGGAUGUCUAGUGAUUGGGCCACCCGGACCACCCGGAAGUCUAGUGAUUGGGCCACCCGGACCACCCGGAAGUCUAGUGAUUGGACCACCCGGACCAUCCGGAAGUCUAAAGAAUGGACCACCUGGAAGUCUAAUGAAUGGGCCACCCGGCCCAACCGGAAGUUCAGUAAACGGGCCACCCGGACCAGCCGGACCACACGGACCAGCCGGACCAGUUGGACCACCCGGAAGUUUAGUGAACGGACCACCAGGACCACCCGGAUGUCUAGUGAUUGGGCCACCCGGUCCACCCGGAAGUCUAGUGAAUGGGCCCCCUGGACCACCCGGAAGUCUAGUGAAUGGACCACCCGAAAGUCUAGUGAAUGGAAAUCCCGGACCACCCGGAAGUUCAGUAAAUGGGCCACCCGGACCACCCGGAAGUCUAGUGGACGGACCACCGGGACCACCCGGAGGUCUAGUGAUUGGGUCACCCGGAACACCCGGAAGUCUAGUGGACGGACCAUCAGGACCACCCGGAAGUCUAGUGGACGGACCACCAGGACCACCCGGAAGUUUAGUGAACGAACCACCAGGACCACCCGGAAGUCUAGUGAACGGACCACCAGGACCACCCGGAUGUCCAGUGAUUGGGCCACCCGGACCACCUGGAAGUCUAAUGAAUGGACCACUCGGAAGUCUAAUGAAUGGACCACCCGGAAGUCUAAUGGAUGGGCCACCCGGACCACCCGGAAGUUUAGUAAAUGGGCCACCCGGACCACCCGGAAGUUUAGUAAAUGGGCCACCCGGACCACCCGUAAGUUAUGUAAAUGGGCCACCCGGAAGUCUAGUGAACGGAAACCCCGGACCACCCGGAAGUGCAGUAAAUGGGCCACCGGGAAGUCUAGUGAAUGGACCACCCGGAAGUGCAGUAAAUGGGCCACCCGGAAGUCUAGUGAAUGGAACACACGGGCCACCAGGAAGGUUAGUGAAUGGAACACACGGGCCAACCGGAAGGUUAGUGAAUGGACCACCCGGGAGUCUAUUGAUUGGACUGCGCGGAUCAUCCGGAGGUCUAGUGAAUGGGCUAAAUGGACCACUCGGAAGUCUAGUAAAUUGGCCACCGGGACCACUCGAAAGUCUAGUGAUUGGGCUACCCGAAUCAACCGAAUGUCUAGUGAAUGGGCCACCCAGAAGUCUAUGAAGGAAAAGAUAAAUAACCCCAGCAGCGUUGCAAAUUUUGAUGCGAAGGACAGCCGAGAUGAUAAAAGCUAUAACUUUGAUCCAAGACUUCAAUACUCAAAUGUUAAACUAGUUCGUCUGCAUAUGCAAUAUAAUAUUCCAAGAUUCAACGAGAUAGCGAAUCUAACUAACCACACGACUUUAAUAACCCUCAUGCAGACAGAUCGCCUAAAAUUACAUUCGUAUAUGAAAGACUCGACAUUCAACUGGAAACUGGAAACAAAUUAUUCCAUGCCAGGCGCAACAGAAUAUCGAGUUUGAAUAAUGGAUGAAAAUCCUCCUCGGACAGACAGAUUUUGAUAAAAAAUAUUAUUCAAAAUAUUAUUAUAAAUGGACACUUCAUACGGUAUGCUAACAGAUUUUUAGUUUAAAUGUUAUCUUGCUCGUUUGGUUCGAUUUUGUAACGGUAACCUCGAGGUGUACUCAAAUCUAUUGUCAAAUUCAAAAGCGAAGAGGUAAGCAUUUGCUUGAGUACGGAAAGAUAACCAAUUUUAAGAAGGCUAUAUUUAAGGAUGUUCCCUGGUCAGAUAGGAAAAUAUUCAAUAGUAUUUAACUUUUUCUCAAAAAUGGUUUUCUGGGAUUCUCACGGGCAACAAAGAAUAUUAAAACUUUAAAAACCAUAUGUUAGUGUGCUUUUUUCUGAGCAAGAGGCCUCUAAAGUGUCAAUAUUUGACAAAAGUGGGCGUGGCACUUUCUCAUUGAAACCCAUGUUAAAAAUCAGGUUUUCACCCCAAAACACACUUUUGAAUAUUUAACUUUUUCUUAAACUCACAGAAACACUUAGUUAUGCUAUGUACUUCACAUUUUGAAAAGAAAAAUUAGGGGUUGGUGUUCAUCGUUUUCAACUUCGUCCAGGGAACAUCCUUAAGCUAAAUCGCGGGAUAAUUUCACAUGAAAAUAGUGAUUUUCUGAUUUGUUCAUAUUAUUUAUUUAUCUAAAAAAUCUUGGAUCUCGAUUUGAAAUAUGGCAAAUAUAUAUCUAUACUCGUACGAGCUUGAUUCUUGACUUUAUUCCGUCCAAACCCAUAUUGCUAAACCCAUUAUCAUACCGGAAUAGCCUGACAACGGUAAAGUCAGAUACCGUUGUCACAAAUGGCGGACAUAACCGUCGCUUUAAUUAUAUAGAUUUUCAUGAACUGUAUGUUUAAUAGAGCAUCUAGACUAAAUUCCUUUGGAACAACAAUCAAUCAAAGUGUCUUUGUACUCAUUGUACAGUUAAUAAUGUUCUACCAUCAAAAUAAAGUCUUUAAUUUAACCGAUCAAAAUGAGAUACAAGACAACCGAC